UAAUUGCUGCCAUGGUAACCAGCUUGUAUGGAAGCUAGAUCCUUGGUAGUUAAGCUACUGUGACCAGGUAUCCAAGUAGCAAAGUGUUCCUGUACUGCAGGGUAAGGAAUACGCCAACUCAAUGGAUGUCAUAGAGGAAAACAUGUCAUCAAAGGAGAUGCUUGAGAAAAUAGCAGAGCUGGAAUACAGUCAGAGUCUGCUGAGAGAUCAAAAUGCUGACAUGAGGAAAUUGCUCGAUGGUGCAGAUGAUGACAUGGCAGCACUGGGUUCGGAGAAUAAGUCCCUCAGAAAACAAGUUGAAGCCAUGGAGAAAGUUUUCCAAGACUUGCAACAGACUGAAGCGGAGCCUUGCAUAGCUCUGGCAGAUGACUUCGAGGCACACAGACGGAAUGAAGAAAAGAUCCGUGAAUUGGAGAAGGAAUCCACCGUGAUGAAGGAAAAAUAUGAGAAACUAGCUGCAGAGCUCAAAAGCCUCCAGCAAGAGAUAGACCAGGACAAGCUCACACUGAGCAACCUCAAGUUUGAAAUUCAGGACUUGAAGUUUCAAAGGGAAGAGGACCAGUCAAAACUGGAGCACAAGAAUGAGGCUCUUCAUCGGGCAAGUAUAGACUUGCAGUUGAAUCAAUUAAAUGAAACCGUGGAAGAGUGCUUCAACAAUAUAAAGGACCUCAGGCAGACAACGCAGGAGCUGAGUAAGCAGUUGGAGGACAGACGAGAUGAAGCCACAUUUGACCUGAUGAGAGAGAAGAAACGAGUGCCCAACCGCCCUCUGUCCUUUGCAGAGGAAAUUAAACUGCUGGCCUCAACAGCUGAAAUGAAUACCGGCAUGACAGACUCCACAAAUCUUGGAAAUGUAGAUUGUCUGCAGGAGGAAGCUAAGACUGAGGAGCUGCUGAAACCUCAUCUUCCCGCAGUUAAGCUUCAGUCUAAAAGAUGCCCAGGUACCUUGGAGAAAGCCAUCUGGAGAGUGGGUUUCUUUAUGCUGUGCAUCUUCAUUCUCAUGAUUAUAGCCUUUGUGGCUUCAGGAUGCUUUGCAGGAACAUCUGACUUCUCUUCCUUCACCACUUUGUGGACUAGCGCCCACCUGAUGUUACAGCCCUACUGGAGUGUACAAUAUGGGGCCUUGCCUCCCAUUUGAGCUUAACUCUCCCUCUGGUCUACUCUUGUAUUUCAGGGGGGUUUUUUUGUAAACAUGAGUUCAGAAAACAAACAAAUAAAACUUCUCAUGAUGCUGCUUCAGCC